AUGGAGGCGCCGUUGGAAGAUUCCGACCAAGAAGCCGAGGCGAGAGAUAAACAGUCGGAGCUGAUCUUGGAACAAGCUAAGUCACACCUAGAGAUAAGAGAGAAAGAGAACAGCGGUUCGCUCUCUCCGUUAUCGGAAAACUAUUUGCCGUCGGCUCCUUCUUAUCUCUGCCUCUCGCUCCAUGAUAUUCCACUUUCAUAUGCUGGAAGGUCGGCUCGGUAG